AUGGACUCCGAGCAGGCGAGUGUAUAUGUGGUCCCCGGCCCAUAUAAAGACGCCGAUUCUCGUCCACUACAUAGUCGCCAGCAAUACCAUACACCAAACUUCACCUUCAAUUCGAACAAUAAGUUUCGGAGAGACCAAACCCCGCGCUCCUAUCCCACUACCACCGCCGUCAGCUCGAGUGAGGCAGCAAAGCAAGUGGAAUCCGAGGUUACAGCCUUGUGGUCGACGCGACAAGUGCCAAAUAUAUCACGGCCGCGCCCUGCCCAGAUGGCGGAAACCAACCUGAACGGCGGCUUCAGCUAUUGCAUUCCAAAGCAGCCUACGGCGCUACCUGCUUGGGAUUCGGCGACCAUGACACUAUCUUCUAGCCAUGAAGUGAUGCCGCAGACAUAUGCCAUCGUCCAGGACUUCUGCCAGCCAUCUGAAAGUGCCGAUAGCAGGCCUUCUGCGAUGUACAUGAACCAGAGGUACGCGCAACUUUCUGAGGAUUGGGGUAAUAAGGCAUGUGGAGAUGUACUCCAAUUACAGCACUUCGACUCUGAAGCAAAUAUCGGCCAAGCUUAUACCACAGAUGAAUGCGUUCCCAUUCUGGAUCUGAGAUACAACACUGGGAUGGACAAUGAUCAUCCGAGCCUCGACAAUCCAUACAAUUCACGGCGCAUGUCAGGCUCAUCAUUCACUAUGUCAACAAGUGGUGGUUUAUCAGACAUGACUUCAUAUGAUGAUUUCUCAGCGACCCUCUCAGAGGCUCCAUCCUUCAUUUCGGACUACCUGCCGCCAUCUAAUAGAAAUUCUCUUAUGUCUUCUACUCAGUUAUCACCAGUCGCUUCUCCACGAAUGACACCUCAAAAUAGGUCUGAACUCGUCCGGACACAAAGCCGUGGGCGAGCGUCCCCUUCUCCGAGGCCAAGCAUGCGAUCCGCGCCGUAUUCAAUAGACAACCGCAGCAAACGAUGGUCUACAGGCUCGUAUGCUUCGGGCCCAAGAAGACCGUCGCCUUUCGUCUAUCACUCCACUCCAGAAGGAUUUGUGCAGCCGCAAAGAAUGUCCUCUCGGCAUUCCUCGCCAACGUUACCGAAUACUUCUCUUCCUUUAAACAUGGCCAAUCUUCAAAGUCAGCAAAAUCCGUAUCUCAUGCCACACAGCAACCCAGCAUACCAUCGCAAUAGCAUGAAUCUUCCGUCGAACGCUUACCACGAACCUCGCCACUUCGAGACACCGUCUCCUCUAUUUUCGCAUGGGCUAUUCAGAAUGUUACAAAGCAACGCGAACCCUCAUUCAAUGCACUCGCACUACGCCGAUCUGAGCGACCCCCCAGAUCUCUAUGCCUCCCUCAAUGAUGAGCAGAUACCACCCCCUCCUGAGGACAUGAACCCGAGCGACCCAGAUCUAGUACCACACGAACAAGAGCUUCGGUUUGAUGGCGACCUCUACACGCCUCGUUGGGUCCGCGGUCACGGCAACAAACGAGAAGGCUGGUGCGGCAUAUGCAAACCUGGUCGCUGGUUGGUUCUUAAAAAUAGCGCAUUCUGGUAUGACAAGAGCUUUACGCACGGAAUUAGUGCGGCUACUGGGAACCCAUUCCAGGAGCCACAGGAGACAAGGCGUAUGGAUGGAAACCCAGAUGUUUGGGAGGGCUUGUGUGGAAGCUGUAAUGGAUGGGUUGCGUUGGUCAGUAGCAAGAAGAAAGGCACGACCUGGUUUAGGCAUGCUUAUAAGUGUCACACGCACCCAAAGAUUAAAGACGCACCGAAGCGAAGGAGGGAAAGCAAUAGCACUAGAGCGCUUGCUGCAUCGACGAUGGCGAAGCCUCAAACCGAGCUGCCCCAGAUAGAGGCGCCACUUGCGCCGCAGAUGACACCCCGUCCCGUCACUUCUGACAAUACAAUGCCAGCGCCGACAAGAAGAAUAGCGACCCCGCUACCGAAUAUGGCAAAUAUGAUAUAG